UCCCUGCCCUCUGUUCUCUUUCUCUGGGUUAGCACUUUCUAACUCCCCCAGCCAAUAAAGGAGUUUAAACAUUUAAAUGCGCUUUAAAAACUGCAUUUAAAGAAUUAACCCAUUUUGCCCCUCGCUGGUCUAAACCACAGGGUGCCAACCGGACUUUAAUUGCUUUCUUCUGGUGGGGCUCCAGACAGCUCCUCAGAAGGAAGGAGCGCACAUUUCUGGCACCAAUUGGCUAAUUCAAUUUACUUCAACAGCAUUAGCCUCUGUCAGAAUAUUCAUGAGCAGGGGAGCCAGGACCGCGGAACAGGCAGGCGGCAGCCACUCCGGCUAGGGAAGGCGCGAGGGAGGGGAAGAAGCGGACCUCUCGCCGCGCUUAGGGAACGGUGACCACGAGGACCAGGCAGCUUUUCUCACCCUCCCGGCAGAGAGCUGGGGGCCGCGGGCAUCGGCGGGUUUGCCGCGCUUGUCAUCAGCUCUCAACUCCCAGUGAUUGCGCGGAGACUUUGGAAACAUCCGAAGGCAGCAGAGCUGUGACACUUUUGACUCGCGGGGGGAAGGGGGGUGGGGCGGGGGCAGAGAGGCGAGCUGGGGCCAAGGGACUCAGCAGUACACCCGUUCGUCCAAUGAGGAAGGCAGAGAUGUGAGCUGGACAGCCGCCACCGAGGAGUCUCAACGCCUCCGGAGAGUCGCCGGCUAUUCCAGCCCAUGUGGACCACUGGUAGAAUGAACAAUGCAAAGAGCUGGCUUGGACUUGGCACAACCUUGUACUUCUGGACACUGAUGGACCUCAUGACCACCGUUCUCUCCAGCACUCCAAGGCCAGGAGUCGAAUUAGAAACGCUCCCCUUAGAUGGAUCACAGUCACAUCUGAGAAGCAAGAGGAGCUGGGUUUGGAAUCAGUUUUUCGUCCUGGAAGAGUAUACUGGAACCGACCCUUUGUAUGUCGGGAAGCUUCACUCAGACAUGGACAGAGGAGAUGGAUCCAUCAAAUACAUUCUUUCAGGAGAAGGAGCAGGCAUCGUGUUUACAAUUGACGACACCACUGGAGACAUUCAUGCCAUUCAGAGGCUUGACAGAGAGGAAAGAGCCCAAUACACUUUGAGGGCUCAAGCCCUAGACAGGCGGACGGGCCGACCAAUGGAGCCAGAGUCAGAGUUCAUUAUCAAAAUCCAAGAUAUCAAUGACAACGAGCCCAAGUUCCUGGAUGGGCCUUAUGUUGCCACUGUGCCAGAAAUGUCACCAGUAGGUACCUCUGUUAUCCAAGUGACAGCCACAGAUGCUGAUGACCCAACAUAUGGCAACAGUGCCCGGGUAGUGUACAGUAUUCUCCAGGGCCAGCCGUAUUUUUCUGUGGACUCCAGAACAGGUGUAAUCAGAACAGCACUCAUGAACAUGGACAGAGAAGCCAAAGAAUACUACGAAGUGAUUAUCCAAGCCAAGGAUAUGGGAGGGCAGCUUGGAGGGUUAGCUGGGACCACCACAGUCAACAUCACCCUCUCAGACGUCAAUGAUAAUCCACCCCGCUUUCCCCAAAAACAUUAUCAGAUGAGUGUGCUAGAAUCUGCUCCAAUUAGCUCUACUGUGGGGAGAGUGUUUGCCAAGGACUUGGAUGAAGGAAUCAAUGCAGAGAUGAAGUACACCAUUGUGGAUGGAGACGGUGCAGAGGCUUUUGAUAUUAAUACAGACCCAAAUUUCCAAGUUGGCAUCAUAACUGUAAAGAAGCCCCUGAGUUUUGAAAGCAAGAAAAGCUACACCCUGAAGGUGGAAGGAGCCAAUCCUCACCUAGAGAUGCGUUUUCUGAACCUUGGCCCAUUUCAGGACACAACAACGGUGCACAUCAGUGUGGAGGAUGUGGAUGAGCCCCCUGUGUUUGAGCCUGGAUUUUAUUUUGUGGAGGUGCCUGAGGAUGUGACAAUUGGGACAACCAUCCAGAUCAUUUCUGCCAAGGACCCAGAUGUGACCAACAACUCAAUCAGAUACUCCAUUGACAGAAGCAGUGACCCUGGGAGAUUUUUCUACGUUGACAUUACAACAGGUGCUCUAAUGACUGCAAGACCACUGGACAGAGAAGAGUACUCUUGGCAUAACAUAACUGUCCUUGCUAUGGAAAUGAACAAUCCCUCCCAAGUGGGAAGUGUCACUGUCACAAUCAAAGUCUCAGAUGUGAAUGACAAUGCUCCAGAGUUUCCCAGAUUCUAUGAAGCUUUUAUCUGUGAGAAUGCCAAAGCUGGACAGCUGAUCCAGACAGUGAGUGCCGUGGAUAAAGAUGACCCUCACAAUGGUCAGCAUUUCUACUACAGUUUGGCUCCUGAGGCUGCUAACAACCCCAACUUUACUGUCAGGGACAACCAAGAUAACACUGCUCGGAUUCUAACCAGGAGGUCCGGCUUUCGACAGAAGGAGCAGAGUGUCUUCUACCUCCCCAUCCUCAUAGCGGACAGCGGACAGCCCGUGCUCAGCAGCACUGGCACUCUUACCAUCCAAGUGUGCAGCUGCAAUGAUGAUGGCCAAGUCAUGUCCUGCAGCCCAGAGGCCUACAUGCUCCCAGUCAGUUUGAGCCGGGGUGCCCUCAUCGCCAUCCUGGCCUGCAUCUUUGUCCUCUUAGUGCUGGUGCUGCUCAUCCUGUCCUUGCGGCGGCACCGGAAACAGCCCUACAUCAUCGACGACGACGAGAACAUCCACGAGAACAUUGUGCGCUACGACGACGAGGGGGGAGGCGAGGAGGACACGGAGGCCUUCGACAUCGCGGCCAUGUGGAACCCGCGCGAGGCGCAGGCGGGCACCGCCCCCAAGACGCGGCAGGACAUGCUCCCCGAGAUCGAGAGCCUCUCCCGACACGUGCCUCAGGCCUGCGCGGUCAGCAGCACCGUCCACAGCUACGUGCUGGCCAAGCUCUACGAGGCCGACAUGGACCUGUGGGCCCCGCCCUUCGACUCCCUGCAGACCUACAUGUUUGAGGGGGACGGCUCCGCGGCCGGCUCGCUCAGCUCCCUGCAGUCGGCCCCGUCGGACUCGGAGCAGAGUUUCGACUUCCUCACGGACUGGGGGCCCCGCUUCCGGAAACUCGCCGAACUCUACGGGGUGUCGGAAGGGCCUGCAUCCUUGUGGUGACGGAAGCCAGGAGGCGAACACGCAUCCAAAUUCAGACGUUCUCAAAGGCCGCUUCUCACCCCUGAGGUGUGGCCACCACAGGAGCAAUACGAUGCUGGACAGUGAGGAUGGGCCUGAGUGGACCAAGCGGAGCUCUCUCUGGAUCAGCUUUACUUGGUUAGACUAAGUUAAAUAAUCAAAAGGAAACCCAGAAAGAAGAGGGCAGGAUCUCCAAUUACCUUUUUAAUUUCUUCUUUUAAAUGUUUGGGGUUUUUUUGUUUUGUUUUGUUUUGUUUUUUGUUUUUGUUUUGUUUUGUUUGGACACGGCAAAGUUUUAAAGUAGUAAAUGAAAGCUUGGCUUUUUUGUUUCUAACUCACCGAGGUCGUUGUCACUUUGCCACCACGAAAAGGCGUCACUGUUAAGUACAGAGAUGGUAGGUGAAGGCAGGAAACAAGUCCUACUCUAGAAUCUGUUUUAUCUUUAUUCUCCAUUUCAGAUUGUUUUUCGGCAUCAUUAGAUCUGCGGAAACCAACCCACAUACAAAAAAAAAAAAAAAAUCACUGAAAAAUCAUUUCUCAGUGAAAUUAUCCUACUUGUUCUAAGAUGGGUGGUAUUUCUUUUUACCCUUUUGAGACAAGGUUAAGACUGACUCAGCCUUGCAUGGGGGAUGGGCGGGAAGGGUGGGAGAAGGAAGAGACAUUGAUUUGUGCUCAAGUUUAACAGCUGAACCAAGAGUUGGCAUGACAGCUGAUCCAGCGCCAAUGAGUCAGAGCUCACUGUUCUCCUCUCAGCUCUUUAUGCCCCUGCAAGUGUCAGAAUGAAACUGGAAAGGCUGCCUCUUUUGCACUGUAGAUGUCUCUUCCAUGUGCCAAAUGUGGAGAUUAGAUGCAACAAAUGAAAGCCAAAUAAAAAAAAGUAUCUGAUAAAAGCAUGGGUUAGAGGGCUUUCCUAAUCUGUGUAAAGUCAAUCCAAGGGAUGUUUACAUACUGUAGAUAACCUACUUGAACAAAAUCAGUAUUAUAGAGAAGAAAUGGAUGUAAGAGGAUUACAUGUAAAAGUUUUGUAUAUUUGUUAAUAAUUUUGUUAAUAAAUAUGAUGUACUACAUCUCAGUACCUUAGGAAUUCUUUUAAUAAAAGCUAAAUAGGAGGAAAGGUGUACUUUAAGUUGGUUUUGUUAUUGGGCAUGGAACUUUAUGAUUCUGAUUGACCGAGGGGGUUGCCGGGAUGGGAACUCAUUCAUAACACAGAAGAAAUGUCAGAGAUACUUGAGGCUGUGUGUUCUAUUUUGAUAACUUACCAGGUUAAUGAUAUGGAUUAAACUUUUUUUAAAUAACAAUUU